AUGCAGACACUGACAGAUUCCCUCCAGGCUCCCGAACCCGACGGACACUUCCAGUUCCGCAUCAUCGUGCUAGGGGAUGCGGCCGUGGGCAAGUCCUCGCUGCUGCGCUGCUUCGCCGACGGGCUGCGUGGAGGUCCUGGUGGGGCAGCCACCCCCAGCCCCACAGUCGGUGUCGAGUUCUACAGCCGGACUAUCCUGAUGCCGCCCACCGGCAAGGCCAAGCUGCAGCUCUGGGACACGGCCGGCCAGGAGCGGUUCAGAUCCAUCACUAGGUCUUUCUACCGGAGUGCGGCGGGGGUGCUGCUGGUGUUUGACCUCACCAACCGGGCAUCUUUUGAGCACAUCCCUGACUGGUAUCACCAGGCUGCGGGUGACCAGCCGCCUGCCUUUGUCCUGGUGGGACACAAGUGUGACCUGGUGGCCGAGCGAGCCGUGUCAGCAGAAGAAGCUGGACACCUCGCCACCAGCCUGGGCAUGACCUUUGUGGAGACCUCAGCCCGCAGCAGCUUCAACGUGGAGUUUGCCUUCCAGACACUGGCUGGGGGUAUCCAGCAGGCACUGGGCCGGGGGAUCCUUGCCCAACACCAUGGAUGUGAUGGCAUCAGGCUCAUCCCCAACCAGAGUCGCCGCCAGCCCCCAGCAGGGAGGGAGCCCCAGGAGCUCUGCCAGUGCUGA